GACGCGCGGGGCUGCUGCGGCUGCUCCGCCGGCGGAUCAUCACUCUCGGGCUGGGAUGGACGCGGGGCGGGCGGGCUCUGGCGCGCGGAGCCAGGAGUCCGGGCCUCCCGGCUGCUGAGCGUCCCCCGAAGACUACUCCCACCCCCGCCUUCCCUCUUAGGAGCCGCGUCGACCUCUGCCUCGAGGCUCCGGACUCGGCUCCCGCCCUCCUCAGACUCCCCGGACCUCCCCCUCCCGCCCGCCCUCGGGAUCGACUAGAUCCCUCCCCCUCCCCGAGGAUUCCGGCUGGAUCCCUGCCCCUGCACCGCGGAUCCUGCGCUCUGGGGCCCCGGGCCCCUGGGGAUUGCCGUGGACUCCUCCUCCAGCAUCCGAUCCCUUAGGAUCCUCCGCCUGGACCGCCUUCUGGUCCCUCGAAGCGGGCCCACGGAGCCAGUGGAUCUCCAAUCCAGUCCUGUCCCGUUGCUCCCUCCUUGCUCUUCCGUGCCCACUGCGGGGUUCCCUGUUCUCGGGCUCCCCCUGAUCCCAUCCCCUAGCUCUCCUUUUCCCGGGGAUCGACUGGAUCCCGGCCCCGCCCCCCGGGGCUGGGGCGAUCCCCCUCCCCCGCCGGGUGAGGCGCUGCGGGCGGGGGCUGGGCCUGCGGGGCCGCGGGGGCUCAGAGGCCGCCGCCCCCCUCUCGAAGCCCGUCCGCCCCCCACUCGGAGCCCUGGAUGGAGGCACCACGGCCCCAGGGCUGAGCCAGGUCGGGCCUGCCUUCACCUUCUUCCACCUCGUUUCCCUUCCCCACCCCUUGCCCCCUCAAUGGAGAGGAACAGACCCCUUCUCUGUCCCGUCUAACCCAGGUCCCUCCCCGCCCCCUUCCUCCCUCCUGUCCCCCGCCCCCUCCUCCCUCCUGGGGCGAGGGGGGCCUCCCUCCCUCUCCCCCCCCUUCUCUCUCUCUCCGAGGGGGGGGGGUCCCGGGGAGGGAGGGGGGGUCCCCCGAUCAGCAUGUGGCUCCUGGCGCUGUGUCUGGUGGGGCUGGCGGGGGCUCAACGGGGGGGAGGGGGUCCCGGCGGCGCCCCAGGCGGCCCGGGCCUGGGCCUUGGCAGCCUCGGGGAGGAGCGCUUCCCAGUGGUGAACACAGCCUACGGGCGAGUGCGCGGUGUGCGGCGCGAGCUCAACAACGAGAUCCUGGGCCCGGUCGUGCAGUUCUUGGGCGUGCCCUACGCUACACCGCCCCUGGGCGCCCGCCGAUUCCAGCCUCCUGAGGCACCCGCCUCCUGGCCCGGGGUGCGCAACGCCACCACCCUGCCGCCCGCCUGCCCGCAGAACCUGCACGGGGCGCUGCCGGCCAUCAUGCUGCCAGUGUGGUUCACCGACAACUUGGAGGCGGCCGCCACCUACGUGCAGAACCAGAGCGAGGACUGCCUGUAUCUCAACCUCUACGUGCCCACUGAGGACGGUCCGCUCACAAAAAAACGUGACGAGGCGACGCUCAAUCCGCCAGACACAGAUAUCCGGGAUUCUGGGAAGAAACCUGUCAUGCUGUUUCUGCACGGAGGCUCCUACAUGGAGGGCACCGGGAAUAUGUUCGAUGGCUCAGUCCUGGCCGCCUAUGGCAAUGUCAUCGUAGCCACGCUCAACUACCGUCUUGGGGUGCUCGGUUUUCUCAGCACUGGGGAUCAGGCUGCAAAAGGCAACUAUGGGCUUCUGGACCAGAUCCAGGCCCUGCGUUGGCUUAGUGAAAAUAUUGCCCACUUUGGGGGUGAUCCGGAGCGCAUCACCAUCUUUGGGUCUGGAGCAGGGGCCUCCUGUGUCAACUUGCUGAUCCUCUCCCACCAUUCAGAAGGACUGUUCCAGAAGGCCAUUGCCCAGAGUGGUACCGCCAUCUCCAGCUGGUCUGUCAACUACCAGCCACUCAAGUACACGCGUCUGCUGGCAGCCAAGGUGGGCUGUGACCGGGAGGACAGUGCCGAAGCUGUGGAGUGUCUGCGCAGAAAGCCUUCUCGGGAGUUGGUGGACCAGGAUGUGCAGCCUGCCCGCUACCACAUUGCCUUUGGGCCCGUGGUGGACGGCGAUGUAGUCCCCGAUGACCCUGAGAUCCUCAUGCAGCAGGGAGAAUUCCUCAACUACGACAUGCUUAUCGGUGUCAAUCAGGGAGAGGGCCUCAAGUUUGUGGAGGACUCUGCAGAGAGUGAGGAUGGUGUGUCCGCCAGCGCCUUUGAUUUCACUGUCUCCAACUUCGUGGACAACUUGUAUGGCUACCCGGAAGGCAAGGAUGUGCUGCGGGAGACCAUCAAGUUCAUGUACACAGACUGGGCUGACCGGGACAAUGGCGAGAUGCGACGAAAAACCCUGCUGGCUCUCUUUACUGACCACCAGUGGGUGGCCCCAGCUGUGGCCACUGCUAAGCUGCACGCUGAUUACCAGUCCCCUGUCUACUUUUACACCUUCUACCAUCAUUGCCAGGCUGAGGGCCGGCCAGAGUGGGCAGAUGCAGCCCAUGGAGAUGAGCUGCCCUAUGUCUUUGGUGUGCCCAUGGUGGGUGCCACUGACCUCUUCCCCUGCAACUUCUCCAAGAAUGACGUCAUGCUCAGCGCAGUUGUUAUGACCUACUGGACCAACUUCGCCAAGACUGGUGACCCCAACCAGCCAGUGCCACAGGACACCAAGUUCAUCCACACCAAACCCAACCGCUUUGAGGAGGUGGUGUGGAGCAAGUUCAACAGCAAAGAGAAGCAGUACCUACACAUUGGUUUGAAGCCACGAGUGCGUGACAACUACCGCGCCAACAAGGUGGCCUUCUGGCUGGAGCUUGUGCCCCACCUGCACAAUCUGCACACCGAGCUCUUCACCACCACCACUCGCUUGCCUCCCUAUGCCACACGCUGGCCUCCCCGCCCGCCUCCUGGAGCCCCUGGCACACGCCGGCCCCCACCACCUGCAACCUUGCCUCCCGAGCCUGAGCCUGAGCCAGGCCCAAGGGCCUAUGACCGCUUCCCUGGAGACUCACGAGACUACUCCACAGAGCUAAGCGUCACUGUGGCGGUGGGCGCCUCCCUUCUCUUCCUCAACAUCCUGGCCUUUGCCGCUCUCUACUACAAGCGGGACCGGCGGCAGGAACUGCGAUGCAGGCGGCUUAGUCCACCUGGAGGCUCAGGCUCUGGUGUGCCUGGUGGGGGUCCCCUGCUCCCCACUGCUGGCCGGGAGCUGCCCCCAGAGGAGGAGCUGGUGUCACUGCAGCUGAAGCAGGGUGGUGGCGUUGGGGCGGACCCUGCUGAGGCCCUGCGCCCUGCCUGUCCACCCGACUACACCCUGGCCCUGCGCCGGGCACCGGACGAUGUGCCUCUCUUGGCCCCCAGGGCCCUAACCCUGCUGCCCAGUGGCCUGGGGCCACCACCACCCCCGCCACCCCCUUCCCUCCAUCCCUUUGGGCCCUUUCCCCCACCGCCCUCCACCGCUACCAGCCACAACAACACGCUACCCCAUCCUCACUCCACCACCCGGGUAUAGGGGGCGGCAUGGGGAGGCCACCCUCCCCACCCCUCCCCAGCCUGGGCCACUCCAAGGCAGGGAGUAGGACUUGGCAACGGGCUUUUCUCCUGUGGAGUUGUCACACAUCAUCGAACAGUGUUAAGGUGGACAUGGGAUUCCCCACUGAGAUGCGUGUUUUUCCCAUGCAAAGAGGCCCAUUCUCUUCUCUGGACCUGGGCCUUUGAACAUUGGGGGGUGUUUUUUGCCCUCCACUGGGACACCAGUCUUCAGUGUGUGGAAAUGUGGAAGUCUUUUCCCAUAUGGAGGUGUGCUUUCUUCAUGAGGGGGUAUUUUCCCAUGUGCAGGGUGAGGUUUUUUUUGCCGCCCUAGACACAUGUUGGCCCCCUCAAAGAAUUUCUGCGGGGAUUUGUACCCCAGAAUCCUGUUUCCUCAUGCCUUCUCCCACCUCCUCCCCCCCCCCCCC